UUGUGUUGAGUGAUGUGAUAUCCGCCCUCCUUCAACAACAUAACAGAACAUACUGAAAAGCCCCCAGCUUACAGCUGUUCCUCAACCAUCAUCUUCUGUAAUGAACACACUGUCAGCUUGACAUCCCUCCGCUUCACGGUCUCGUCACUAUCAGUGUUAGUGUGGUCUAGAGAUUUCCUUGUGAAUGGGUUGAACUCGAGAGAUCACAGACAGAGAAUUUCUCUACUGAUUUGGGCAUUGGGCCUGUUUGCAGAUCUCCAUUGUGUCAAAGGCGAUACACGCACACCUGCUUGAUUAAAACUUUGUGCCCAUACAAUAAGUUAAGACAGCAGCACCUAAAAUGCCACUUGGAUUGGGACGCAGAAAGAAAGCGUCUCCUCUGGUGGAGAAUGAGGAGGCAGAACCGAUCAGGCCCGGAAUGAAUGUCCCAGGGCUGGAUGGACUGGACGGACGUGGGGUUGGAUUGGGUGGAGGAGCUACUCAAGAGGGUCUGCCACCUCCACCCACCAGUCUGCGACCCCGUCUGAUCUUCCACACUCAGCUGGCUCACGGCAGCCCAACGGGUCGCAUCGAGGGCUUCAGCAAUGUGCGGGAACUCUAUGCCAAGAUAGGAGAGGCCUUUGGGAUACCUCCAACAGAGGUAAUGUUUUGCACACUGAACACUCACAAAGUGGAUAUGGACAAACUUUUGGGGGGCCAGAUUGGAUUGGAGGACUUUAUAUUUGCUCAUGUGAAGGGUCAGAGAAAAGAGGUGGAGGUCUUUAAAGGAGAGGAUGCACUUGGACUCACCAUCACGGACAAUGGAGCCGGCUAUGCUUUCAUUAAGAGAAUAAGAGAAGGCAGCAUAAUUCAUCAGAUUCAGGUCAUCAACGUGGGAGACAUGAUUGAGUCAAUCAACGGGCAGAUUCUCAUUGGCUGUCGCCAUUAUGAGGUUGCCAAAAUGCUGAAGGAAUUGCCCAAAGGGAAAAACUUUGUCCUGAAGAUGGUGGAACCUAUGAAGGCUUUUGACAUGAUCAGUCAGCGGUCGGGAAGCAGGUCAGGCUCUGCUCAAUUAGGAACAGGUAGAGGAACUCUGCGCCUGAGAUCUAAAGGACCAGCCACCGUGGAGGAACUGCCCUCAGCGUUUGAAGAAAAAGCAAUUGAAAAAGUCGAUGACCUUUUGGAGAACUACAUGGGUAUUAGAGACAGUGAACUCGCUGCUACGAUGGUGGAGCUUGGUAAGGACAAAAAGAACCCGGAUGAGUUUGCCGAAGCUUUGGAUGAGACUUUGGGUGACUUUGCAUUUCCUGAUGAAUUUGUGUUUGAUGUGUGGGGUGCAAUAGGUGAUGCAAAGGUUGGUCGCGUGUAAUUCUUGAAAUGGUCAUUCUGGAAUGCACUCAUUUUAGGAAUACUAAAUCAUUCGUUUUCAGUUGUAUUCUUGCGAUUUUUGAGAGCGUACUCUGGAAUGCUUCUGGAGCCGCAUCUCUUCAGGCCUCUAGUUCCACAUUUCCUGUCAUAAUUUAGCUGGCGAUGAUAUCAAGACACUCAAAAAUAUGUAUUCAGAUUUGAUAAAGUUGAGUCUAAUCACUUACAUGAAAUGUCUUGCUAGUUGGACACUAAGCAUAAGGACGCUGAGACUUUUGAAGGUGUUUACCCCGUGUCGGAGAGGCGUAUUAGAUUAUUAUUCUGUUACAUACUGUGACUUUCACUUUGCACUGCACGGCGCUGUAUAAAUUGCACGGUAUGGAACAGCUCGCAAAACAUACACACAGGCGAUGCUGGUCUACACUGUUGUGACCUCCACUGUGUGGACCAGCCCUAUCCCAUGCCAGAGUAACAGACCAUUUGUGUUCUCAACAACACUAUGAUGAUUCCCAUAAGCAUGUGCUGUCUUGUGAUGUGUUGUGCAAUCUAUAUGAAGGAUUCAAUGUGGCUUUGAAGUUGUUGCAAUGAAUUGGAAAUUGAAUGGGACUGUUUUCAAUUGACCUCUAGUGCUUUUACGUUCCCAAUUCCGUGACUUACAAAAUGAAAUUGCUCUUAUUUUCAAAGAGUAAAAGAAAUGGGAAUGGAAACAUAAAAUGUCAGUUUUACUUGUGUGUGGUAAACUACCACCAAAUGCCAAACAUAAGGACUUUUUUCUCAAGCAAAUCAGUAUUAGCAGGUAUAUGCAGUAUUACAAACAGUAUUUCACACGUUACAGUAUUGAUCAUUUUCAGGCAUGAUGAACAUAAUAUGUAAGGCUUAAAGUAGGGCUGGGUGAUCUAGCUAAAAAGAUCUCAAUAUUUUACAACCUUUUGACAAUUUUCGUUGUAUUUCUGUUUAAUUAAAUAUUUUCAAUGAGAGAAACCAAACAACCAUUGUGGCCAAAUUGAAAUAAAACCGAGUGAAAAUCUAGUUUGAAGAUCAUCAUGGCCUAUUUAUCACUAAAUGAACACGGGGCAUUUAAUUAUUGUAAUUUAUUAUGAAGCAAUAGUAAAAAAAUAUAUGGAAGUAAAGAAAAAUAAUAACCUGCAUAUGUGUUUUUACUACCACGCGUAGACUUCCAUAAACAUUUUAGUUUGAUAACAUGAACUAAUUUCUCAAUCGUAUUUUAUUAAUUGGUUAAUUGAAACUAACAGCUUGAAUGAAUCAAACUUGCCAGAUUUAAUGCUGUUUUUGCUACAGAUGAUUAAAUCAGAAACACUCAUUAUAUGACACGCUUUUCAGGAAUUAAUGGCUGUAUAAAAAGCGCAUUAGAAGUAGUUACAUUUUUUUUAUUUCUCAGCAGCAAAAUUAUAGCAAAUAUAAUCAAUAUAUCGCCCAGCCCUAUUUACGAGUGUCUAGCAAAUCAUUGAUUGUAUGGAGGGGUGUAUAUAGUGUGAUGUGUUUUUUAAGAAAAUUACACUACAGUCAGUAUGCGUUCCCAAAACACUCACAAUAAUAAUGCAAAUGUAACAUUUUUAACCCGGCAGUUUAACACUGUAGUUAAGUACUCCACAUCUUUGACUUCUGCGCAUGUUUCAUGUAAAAUACUUCAUGUUAUGCAAAAACGUCAUACUUUAUAUUUCUUUUUUUAUUAUUUAGCAGUGUCUUUUCUUUUGAGUGAACCAAGUUAAUGUUUAAAGGACCGAAGGAAAAAAAACAUUAAACCGUUUUGGUUUGCCAUCUACGUACUGUAAAGUUAUCAGUGUAGUUUGAAUAUAGCUCUCUUAUGCUUGAUAGAUAUAUAUAUAUAUAUACAGUAUUGUUUUUUUGUACUCUUUUAUCAUUUGAUGCUUUUUGAACAGAUUUAGAUAAACAUUGCUGUUUUUAAGAAUUCAUAGUUUACACUGAUGAUGUAAUUGUUAUGAUGGUUUUUACGUUACACUGUUUCAGACUACAUUCAAAUGCAAUAAUCAGCUAUAUUACGAUAUAAUGUAUAAUCAUAAACGUCAGUAAAAGUCUGUUAUAUCUGUUUUUUUUUUUUGUGUUUUUUUUUUUUCAAGGGCAGAAAUGUUAUUGCAGAAAAUGGUUAUUUGUUAGACCAGUUUCUAAACAAUAUUAAAAUAAACAAAAUGAUUUGUGUGAGUUAAUGUUUCUUAUGCUGUAGAACGCAGGAGGGUUUGGUUUCUUACGGUUGUUCAUAGAAACAUUGGGUUUGUUCUCCUUGGCUGAAUAACCUCACCAAGGGCAAUAUCCUUAAACAUUCGUUACAUUUGCCAUGACUGCGUGCAUGACUGUACGCACAGGAAGUGACCUGCACAUCAUAUAUAAUACAAUUAUUCAGGGGUUCCUACGUUAAUGGAAAAUCUGGGAUUGUCACAGAAUUUUAAGUGUUUUUUUUUGUAGGCUUGGAAAAGUGAUUAACGUAAAACAUUUUCUGUGUUGUUUUUUUUUAGUUACUUUUUUCUAGUUUUGCUCUG